UAAACAAUAGCAACUGUGGGAUCAUGGCUUCUAACUACAGCGCUAAUCAGUUUGAAAAUUCCUUUGCUCCGAACUAUCUUCGGAACUGGUGCAUAGCCAAAGACGUCAAAAAGCACCCUGAAACCCAUGAUGGCUACACUCAGAUCAUCGCUAAUGAUCGUGGUCAUCUGCUACCUUCAGUUCCCAGGUCCAAGACCAGUCCCUGGGGCACAUUCAUGGGUACCUGGCAAAUGCCUCUGCAGAUUCCACCAGCUCGAGUAACCCUGACUUCCCGUUCCACUGCUGCUGCUAACCGACUAAUAAACUGGGUGCAGAAAAACCCCAAUCUGCUCAAUGCUUCCAAUGGACUACGUCCAGAAAUCCGGGGACAUCCCCAAGAUUCAGGACCACGUAGAAACGGGACCAAAGCCCCAGAGAAGACUAUUACUCCAAAAGCUGUACAAGAGAUUCUGCAUCCCUCUUCAGCCAUAAUCCCACCCUCAAGAGGCCUCCCCAAGGCUCUCCAGCCCCACUUGCACCCCCAAACUGGAAUUGGCCCAUGCUCAUGCUCCUGCUCUUGCUCUAGUUCCAGAGCUUCAAAAACCGCAACCAACAGUCCCAUGACUCCAGAGGACUGCCACAGUUGUAACAAGCCCGAGGGCCAGGAAAUCCAAGAAAGGAAUGUGGAAAAUUCUAAUGAGGAACCCCAGCAGCAGACAGAGCACCAGCCCCAUUGAGUCCCAAGGAGAUAAUGGA